UUCUUCAGCCCCCUCCAACAGUCUCAUCAAACACGUCGACGCGCAAAGGCUUCAAAUCAAACAAACUCUGACGCAACCCCCCAAAUUGCGUCUUUGUGAUUUCAGUGAUUCACUACCUAUCCUUCUGGCAGGGGGAGCCUUUUAUAUUUUCUUACCCCCCCCCAACUAGCUUUCUUUCAAAAUGGACGGUGUUUCAUUUAUCCUCAUGCCUGCUUCUGCUACCACUGCAACUGCCAGUCCUCCUGUUACUGCUGCCGUUGCCGCUGCUGCCAACCCUACUGCUGCUGCUUCUGCCGCUGCUGCUCAUCUCUCAUGGCGACCGACACCUCGCGACUCGCCUCUUCUCUCGUUGUCAACAUACGACUCGAUUCAUUCGAGAGCAUCUUCUCCUUCAUUUCGUCCAUCUCCUAAACUCCGUACUGCAACGCCACCAGUGCUUCCUAUGCUUCUACCUUUCCAUUCACCUUCGUCUUCAUCCCCUUCGCGUUCUCAACCGCAAACUCCAGCCUCGUUUCAUUACCCUCAUCAUCAAUAUUACACCACUUCUCAUCCUUCCACUCCUUCCUCUGCGACUUGCCCAGAUUACCAUCCCGCUACUCCGAGUAAACUAGCGAGCUCUUCAUUGCUUUUAACGUCCAUCUCGCCAUCACCACCACCUCUACCACCACCUUCAUCUACCGAUACCCACUCGUAUAUUCACAAUUACGCAACUCCCAAUACCCCUGCUUCGAAUCCUACUUCAACUACGAACAGUCCACGCUUCAAUCAUUCCUCACCUCGCUCAUCUAUCUUUCAAUACCCGGCUUCCGUUCCGAUGACGCCUUCUUCGUCGAUGGGUCUUCCGAGUCCUACGUUUCCGCCGCGCAAGCUGUCCUCACUACAGCCGCCAGCGCCACCACCACCAUCAGCGUCAGCGUCAGGAGGAGGAUCAGUACCGAUGACGCCGACGCAUUUGUCACAUGUUCAUUCUCCUCGGACUUUAUCCCCUAUUGUUCCGCCUCGAUCGCCUGCUCGUAUGCCUUCUGUUGUAGCGGUUUCUGGUGGGGGAGUGAUGACGACUCCGAGUAGUGCGGCUAGUUCUCGACGAAACUCGUGGCAAGUUUCUCUGAGACUUGCUUCUAGUCGGGCGGCUGGAGCUGGAAGGAGGAGGGGAAGCAUUUUGUUUGGUGGGCGGGGGAGUUUUAGUAGGAGUGUCAGUAGGAGGAGUUUGAAGGGGAGUGUGGUGGGUUUGGAUGUUGGGGAGGGAGAAGGGGACGCGGAAGGGGAAGGGAGAAUGUGGUGAUACCGUUUAUUGAGAGUGUGCUUCAAGAAGGGGACGUGCUUGGGGAAGGAUGUGAGUUGAAUGGGGAGGUGAUUA